CCGCCGGCCGGCAAUUGGAAUUUGGAAGAGAGUGACGGAGUGACCUAGUUUCAGGGCCGAGAGGAUUCCGCCAUAGCAGCAGCUGAUGCCGGCGGCAGCAGUUGAUCACUGAUCGAUCGAUCGAUCAUCUCUGUCGCAUGGAUUCUUGUUUUUCUUUCAUAAACCCACCACAAAAAACACUCUUCCUUUUGCCAGCGUAUCCAGAUUCUGCCGACUUCUGAUCCAUUCUUCAAUGGCAUCCGCCUCUUUCGUUGCUAGAACCGUCUUCGCCAGCCGCUCUGUUUUUCAACUUUCUUCUCCAUCUUCUAUUUUCCACAAGGUCCAAUCCCUCAAAUUUGCCUUUUCCAAGAGACAGUGGAACUCGCAAGCAUCUUUCUUCCGUCUAUCACAUCGGGUUACUGGUUUUUCUGUUUUUCGGAUGGCUUCAUCACUGUCUAGGGCUCAACCUUCAUUCUCACCAGCAUCCUUGAGCACAAAUGAACCUGUUGUGUCUGUUGAAUGGCUGCAUGCCAACCUUCGAGAGCCUGAUCUAAAGGUUUUGGAUGCUUCAUGGUAUAUGCCAGGUGAUCAGAGAAAUCCACUUCAAGAGUAUCAGGUUGCACACAUUCCCGGUGCACUAUUCUUUGACUUAGACGGCAUAGCUGAUCGAACUACUAAUCUGCCGCAUAUGUUGCCAUCAGAAGAAGCAUUUGCUGCUGCUGCGUCUGCUCUUGGUAUUGAGAAUAAAGAUGGGGUUGUCGUAUAUGAUGGGAAAGGGAUUUUCAGUGCUGCUCGUGUUUGGUGGAUGUUUCGUGUUUUUGGUCAUGAUCGAGUUUGGGUUUUAGAUGGAGGCUUGCCAAGAUGGCGUGCUUCUGAAUAUGACGUUGAAUCAAGUGCAUCUGGUGAUGCAAUUCUGAAAGCUAGUGCUGCCAGUGAUGCUAUAGAGAAAGUGUAUAAAGGGCAAGCAGCUGGACCUAUCACAUUUCGAACCAAGUUUCAGACACAUCUUGUUUGGACACUUGAACAGGUGAGGAACAAUAUUGAUGAAAAGUCACAUCAGCAUAUAGAUGCUCGUUCAAAAGCUAGGUUUGAUGGGGUUGCACCAGAGCCACGAAAAGGAAUACGUAGUGGACAUGUUCCAGGCAGCAAAUGCAUUCCCUUUGCUGAGAUGCUUAAUGACUCGCAGACACUUUUAUCUGUAGAGGAUCUCAAGAAAAAAUUUGACCAAGAAGAAAUCUCUGUGGAGAGUCCUAUAGUGACCUCAUGUGGCACUGGUGUGACAGCUUGUGUUCUUGCCUUGGGACUGCAUCGACUGGGAAAUGGUGAUGUGGCGGUUUAUGAUGGUUCAUGGACAGAAUGGGGAGCAAAUAUGGAAACCCCAGUGGUUUCGACAUCUGGUGAAGCUUAGAAAAAGAAAAGCUCGUGAUCCUCUGAAAUUAGGUUCUACAACAUAAAAUCUGAUUGUGUUUACUUGCUAUGUGGAUUCGGGGAUAUUUAUACGUAUAUUUGCUUGCAUGUUUGAACAGUUCAUUUAUGAGAGUAUACCUGUUUUUUUUGCUUUCUUUUUAGUGUUAAAUUCUAUGAAAAAGUUUACAAUUUUUCAACAAUCUUUCGAACAAUAAUAGUUUCAAACAUCU